AUGAACGUUGAGCUUACCAUCCCAUUCCCGUUUCCUAUUGUUGUGGAAGACGACAACUUGAAUGUGGACAUUCUGACAGAACGUUAUGCAUUCUGGGAUUCACCAGCGAUAUUUCAAUGGUUUGAGGCGCGUGGAUACACGCUUUACAAGCGGAUGCCAACUGGAGAGUAUGACCUCAUGCCCAACAACUACACCGUUCCGCGAUUGCCUUCAGAGCCCUUCGUGCAGGCCGAGUAUCCCCAUCCAUAUCACGAGAACUACUCCGCCUACUCCAAGGAUUAUAUUCGUUGCGCGCAGGAUACUUCAGGAAAGGUAGUCUUUGCUCAGGACUCGCAGUGUCGCCACGUGGCCAUUAAGUUGGUGCCCAACGAUACAAAUGAGAUUCGCAUUCUGCAGUUUCUGCGCCGCCAAAGUCCGGAGACUUUGAAAGAGCAUUGCCUUAUUCCGAUCUUGGACAUUUUGCCCAUCAAAGGGUUCUCUUUCGCAGUCAUGCCAAGAUGGGGCUCGUCUAUCUACAACCCAGCACCCAAUACUCUAAGAGAUGUUGUGGGCAUCAUCCACUCGAUGCUGAAGGGUCUGUCCUUCCCUCAUCACCACAAUAUUAUUCACCGCGACAUAUGCCUGCGCAACGUGCUCGUCAACCACUUUUCAAACGACCACGCUGGGCCUGUGAAUCCAACGAGAGUAAAGUUACGCAGCGCCGGCAACCUCUCGUACGCGAUCUUCGAUUUUGAUGUUUCGGUCAUGGUUCCCCCCGAUGUCGAGAAAUCGGAAUUCCGCCUGCCCUACAAAAUGUCUUGGUGUGGAUCGUAUAACCACCCAUUCGACACUGCUCAGGGAGAGUUUGAUUAUGACCCUUUUGCUUAUGAUGUGGGAACAAUGGGCAGAGAGUUUUGCCAGGAGUAUCAGCAUCUUUCGGCUAGCCUGCCGUUGCUGGCUCCCCUCCUUGACGGGAUGAUCACCCGAAACAUCUCUCGACGCUUCACGGCUGCACAGGCCCUUCAGUUUCUCGAAACUGAGCUUGGACAACUGCCGGAUAAGCACCUGGAACAAGAGUUCUAUGAGGCGACCGAUGUCACUGAGUAUGACAAGUAUGACCGUUGGCGCCUACUUCCAUCCAACCUCGUUCAGAAGUGGGCCGUGUACAAGGAACCACCCCUCCCCGCAACAACCAGGUUCCUUCGUUGGCUAUACUCCUUCGAGUCUCUGGUGCAUGUCAUCCCUUUCGUUCGUAGGGCGGCUUUCCACGUCUGGAGAUUUCCUUAUCGCUUUUCCUCGGCCAUCCGGUUGCGCCAUUAG